AUGGCGAACGAGCCAGACGAGGCUGCCGUGCAAGAGUACAGCGCUCUGCUCGAGCAGAUCUCUGCUGCGCCGUACCAGCGCGAUCUCCACCUCCAGCGCAUCCAGCUUGCGAAGUCACUCGGGUUGGGCGAUGAAGUCGAGCAGGCGCGCCAGGCUCUCGCAGGCUACUUUCCGCUGAGCGAAGGCGAAUGGCUCGAGUGGAUCGCGGACAGGAAGCAGCAGCUCCCUCAGGUCCCGGUGGACGAUGUCACGCCGCACCUGGAGGUCAUGGAGUUGUACAGGAGGGCUAGUCGCGACUACCUCUCGAUUCCCGUCCUCGCGUCUUGGUCGGAAUGGGUCGACGGGCAGUACUACGCUUCCAAGGGUCUCUCGCCACCUCCUGCUGCAGUCGAAGAGGAUGACGAAGACAGGGCGAUGCAGGCGGCGGACAGGAAGGUCGGCGAGCCUGACCAGCUCCUCGAGGUUGUAUUCUCGCUCGAAGAGGUCAGAGGCGUUUGCGGCGAGGUUAUGUCGGUUGCGGGAGCGCAUCUGGCGGAGAGCUCGCGUGUCUGGAAGAUCUGGCGGGACUUUGAGAUGGACUUGCUGAAGACGGACCCUUCUCCGGAUCAGCUCGUCCAGGUCGAGCAGCUCUACCUGGAGCGUCUCAAAGUCCCUCAUCUCGACAUCGCCGAAACCUUCUCCGCCUACUCGUCCUUUGUCACGACCUUCGACAACGACAACUACGACAAGAGUCUGCCCGCGGCGAACAAGAUCUACAGUGCCACUGUCAAGAAGGCGGAUGAGCGGUACCCAGAGGAGGAGAAGCUAAAAGCGGCUGGUCACUCGGCUCAGGCGUAUCUCGACUACGUCGCGUGGGAACGCGAGGUCAAGCGUCCCGAUACCCCGCUCAUCAAGGGCAUCUUCGAGCGCGCGGUCAAGGACCACCCGAGCGACAUCGAGGUCUGGGAGGCCUACCUUGAGUUCCUGCACAAGAUCCCGGAGAAGGAGUCGAACUUGCGCGAGGUCGCCGAAAAGGCCGUUCGCAACUUGCCCUCAUCUGUCUCGCUCUGGACGGCUUACUUCCGCGUCGCCGAGAAGCUCCAUCUUGGCGCCGAGGAAGUCGAGACGCUCUUCCAGCGCGCGACCGCCACCGGCCUCUUCAACAAGGACAUGGAUGCGACAGUCGCCCUCUACCAUGCUCGCGCCAGCUUCUACCGCCGCGAGAUGGACAGCAAGCCUACGGAGGACGGCCCUGACGCAGAUCUUGUUGGCUUCGCGCUCGGCGUUCUGCAAGAGGGAAUCGAGGCGACGAAGAAAGUGCACAAGAAGGGCGACCCGCAAAACCGACUCGAGAAGUACUUGAUUCGGCUGUACGAGCGCUUCCAUAUGGUCGACGAGGCUAGGCAAAUGUGGGAGGAGUUGACGAAGAGCCGGGCGCACGACUACGCUCUGUGGUAUGCGCGGGGCGACUUCGAGACACGAAUGGGCGACUACCAGCGCGCGCAUGAGGUUUACACGAAGGGCUGCUCGGAGCGGAGUCUCAACUACCCCGAGUACCUGCUCGAGGCGUGGCUUACGUUCGAGACCGAGUACGGCAACUUGGCGGACCUGGAGUUUGCUUUGGCGAAGAGCAAGCGGCAGAAGAAGGGGUUGGAGCGGAAGCGGGCGAGGGAAGCUGCGCAAGCAGCAAAGGCGGCCGCGGCGGCCAGUACCUCUGUCGUCACGCAAGACGCCGAGUCAUUCAUUGCAGGCGCGGUGCAGACGCAGGAUGCCGGCGAGUCGAGCAAGAAGCGCGAGAGGGUGGACGAGGCGGAGCAGGGCACGAAGAAAGUGCGGAUACAGUCGCCUGCGCAGGAGGUGAAGGAACCGACGCGGGACCGCGAGCAUUCGACUGUCUUUGCUAUCGGUCCGACAGCGAUGGGCGAGGACGAUGUCCGCAAGCUCUUCCGCGACUGCGGCGAGAUUCGCGAGCUGCACGUCAAGACACUCGGUGAUCGCUCGUACGCUCAGAUCGAGUUCAUGGACAAGGACAGCGUUCUUCCGGCGCAGACCAAGGACAAAAAGCGCGUCAACGACGAGGAAGUCGAGGUCUACAUCGCAUGGCAGUCGUGCCUGUAUGUUACGAACUUCCCCGAGUCGUUCGACAAGGCGGCAAUCGAGCAGCUUUUCAGCAAGUACGGCACUAUUUUCGACACCCGCUGGCCAAGCAAGCGCUUCAAGACUUCGCGUCGCUUCUGUUACGUUCAGUUCGCCAACCCCGCUCACGCUCAAGCCGCUCUCGAGCUGCACGGCACGGAACUCGAGCCCGGCCACCCUCUCUCCGUCUUCGUCUCCGACCCAUCGCGCAAGAAGAACCGCACCGAUGCCAACGCCAACAGCCGCGAGCUGUACAUCGCCAACCUCGCCAAGUCGGUCAAGGACGUCGACUUGCGCAAGCUGUUCGAGCCGUACGGAGCGAUCAAGGAUGUUCGCGUGCCGACCGACGACAAGGGUCUCGCAAAGGGCUUCGCUUUCGUUGAGUUCGAGGAAGAGGUCUCUGCUCGUGCCGCUCUCGCUCUUAACAACCACGAGUUGCGAAAGAGGCACAUCUCGGUGACCAUCGCGGAGCAGCGAGCAGCGGGGACAAAGGUUGGACCGCCCGAAAAGGGUGUCGAGAAGGAGAACCGCGGCGUUCGCGUCCGCGGCCUCGAUCCAUCGACGCAAGAGGCGAUCAUCCAGCAGGAGUUCGAGAAGCUGGCGCCGGUACGACGGGUCAACUACAUCGCUGGCUCGACCGAAGCGGUCGUCCUACUCGAGAACCCGGCCGACGUCGGCAAGGUCUUGAUGCAACAGGACUCGAUGACGGUCGACGGCAAGAAGGUCGAACUCGCCGCCGAGCGACCGCGGCAAAACCGCAGCGGAGGCGGUCGACCAGCUCAGGGUCCUACCGACGCGCCUCUCGUCCCUCGCGUGACCUCGCGAGGACGUGGGCGUGUGGCACUGGGAGGCGGGCGCGGCGGGCGAGGCGGAAGAGGCGAUCGACUGUGCCUUGGUGCGGGGCGACCAGCUGCGGCUGUUGCAUCGAGUAGCGCUGCACCAGGUGACGCACCAAUGGCGGAUGCAUCGGGGACAGGCUCUGGCAAGGGGCAAGACGCCUUCAGGGCGAUGUUGACGAAGAAGAAGGACGAGUAG